AUGGAGAGCCGCCGCCAAAACCGACAACCUGAGCAGCCUCCAAAGCAGGCCGCCUAUGCACAAGCAUCGAAUCCGGUUUCGCAAACACCACAGGAACAACGCACCCCGGCCCAGCCGACUCGUCAAUAUGGCGACUCUAUUUCAUCCAUCACGCGUCGGACCGUCGAGUCAAGACCCUCCAGCGAGGAAGCACAGGCCCGACUCAAUGAACAGCGCCAGAAAGAUCAGCAGUCGCUGAAAAAUAUCUCGAAUGUCGACUUAGAGUAUGGUGUGGAGCAGCAACCUGCAGAAGGGUACAUCGCAGACACAGUAGAAAGGAAAGGAAUGGGGAUGCAACGUGCACAAGAAGGCGCGCAUGCUGGUCCUGUCGGUAGCGCCGCGGGACCGGGCCACCCUGGGUUUGGGGAGGAGAGAGACCUUGCAGCCCAGAUGGGUCGGAAACGGGCGGAGCAUGAUCGGGUGCUGGGAGAGAGAGUCGGACAGAGUCCCGCCGAACCAGACCGAGAAACGGCUGAAAGAGAUGCUGUGAGGCAACGCAAGUUGAUGCAGAAUCGGAACUUGGAUGUGGGAGCGACGGUGAAGGAGGCGACUGGGGAGCCGGUGGUGGGAAGUUAG